CCUGGCAACCCUGGACCGAGCCUUGCAGGCGGUAGUAGCGGCCCUUGCUUUCGCUUUGCCUCCGGGCAUUCGGCAGUUCCGCUGCCCGUUGGUGCGUUGAUCUGGGCCGUAUCCGCAAUGGAGUCCUCCAAGGGUAGAUGAAAGGUUUCCCCCAGGGAAGUAGGGUGGCACUCAGAGGUGGAAAGGAGACUCAAGGGUGGGGCGGAGCGAGUACUCUCUGGAGCCUGAGUCCGGAGGAGGGGGAGUGGGCUUGGCAUUCAAACCAUGAAGACCUCUAGGGGGACCAGCGAGAUUUAGGGUUCCCCCUUGCUCUGCCUCUUCAAUUUCAAUGACUUGUGGGGUAUGCUGGUUUUGAAUGGUAGCCUUUUUAACAAGCACGUCUUGGGUCCGAUUGCUUUUCACGGUUAAAAUCACCGUGUGCACCGGUGAGCCCAUGGGUACUUGAAAUGGCAAUCCCUAUGGCCAACCUCCCUCUGUCUCUCAAGAGCGGCCUGUACUGGAGAGCUGCUGAAGUGUCCAGAGAAAAGCGAUUUGGGCAUGGCCAAGGUGGAAAAGAAAUACAAUUGAGGAAUCAAAAGUGUUGGGUGGGCGUUAUAAGCUUAUGGAGAGAAAAGGUUUAUUGGACUCAUAGGUUUAUAGGUUUUGUGGUUUUCUUUUUUUUCUUUUUCUUUUUUUUUUUAAGGUUGAGCACUGCUACUCCAUAUGUUGCCCAGAGUAGCCUGGAAUUCUCCACACCCUGCCAAAUACCGGGAUCACAGGCCCCUGUCAUUCCACGUGUGGCUCAUGUUCAUGGUCCCUCUGGUGGCAUAUCAUAUUGGCAUAUCAUAUUGGCAAUCAUGUGUCAGAUCAAAGCAUCUCCCUCUUAGUUAAGAAAUAAUGAAGAGAAAAAGGGGGGGCUGUUGUCCUGCUUUUUCACUCAGAGGCACCCCCAAUGACUCAAGACCUCUUAAUUUUUUUAAAAAUUGUCUUUAUUUUAGAUAUAUGCAUAUUUUGCCUGCCUGUGUGCGUAUGUGUACUGUGUUUGUGCAAAAGUUAGGAGAGGGCAUUGGAUUCCCUGGAACUGGAGUUAUGGACCACCAUGUGGGUGCUGAGAAUAGAAAUCCAGCCCUCUGCAAGAGCAACGAGGGUUCUAACUCUUUCCACCUCCAUGACCUCUGACUUUCCAAAAAGUCCCACCAUCUCCCAACAGUGUGACAGGCUGGGAGCUAAAUGCAGAUUCAAGCUAAAGCAACUAGUUAGGGGAGACACAAUGAGCUCACGUCUACAUUCGAGAUCUGACCAGGAAGAGACUCCAUCGGAAGGAGGAGCCAAGCUGGCACGCUCACAUCUCAAUGCUAGCACCCGGGGGAGAGGCACGAGGAUUGCAGUGUUCAAGGUCAUCCUCAGUUAUAGAGCAACUUUGAGGCCAGUCUAGUCUGCACGAGACCCUGUCCCAAUAAGACAAGGCUGAGAUCUGAAUGUCUUGUUGCCUGGAACUUUUAACAGCUGGGAAGUAUGUCAUGAAUGAGUAGAGGGAGCCAGAGGCUCGAGCUGCCUGGUGCUUUGUUUAAUAAACUCGGAGGCUGGGCUUUGCCCUAGAGUCUGUCCACAUCCAUUUUUUUUUCUUGCUCACAUAUUAGUAGAAAUGCGGUAUUGCUUAAUGGAUGGAGCACUUGAGGUGGAAAUCGUGAGCACUCCAGGGUUUAAAAGUAGGUGAGCCUCUCACUUCACAAUUGGCUCUUAAGGUAGAGGAGGAAGAAUGGAAGCAUGUUUCUCUUGAGGGCACAGAGUCCAGAGGACAGUACAGUUCCCCAAAACCGUUCGGGGUGAAUCCAGGCUCAGGCUGUCAUGGCUGUAGGUCAGUAACCAGUGCUGCCGAAAGGGGCUGGAGAGAUCUCAGCCUUGUCCCCAGUCUCCUAGGUCCCAGGUCUUCAUGUCUGAUUUCCCUUAGUAACUUAGAUGCGGGAGCUGUUCCCAUCCUCGGCUAUAAACUGGGCCGGAAGGAACUGGAGAACCUCUGCCCAUUAACUGCUUAUCCUGGCUAAGAUAGCAUGGAGAAAAGGACUCUGGGAUCCCAGCUUCUCUCGGCCACCAUUUCCUUCCUCUUCCCUCGUGUCAUGUGGUUCAUAGUAACCAGAACAUGUAGCCAACUGAGCUACACUUCCAGUCCCUGGGAACCUAACUUUAAACUUCAGAACUUCCUGUUUCUCCGAUCUGGUUUGGAGUGAGAGAGGAGACCACUUUAAGCUAGUGGGGAUCCAGACUUUGUAAUUGGGGGUUCCUUUCAGGAGACACAUCGAAGGUUCAAUUUAACAGGGAGUCUAGGUCCUGGGGAACUGAGGAGCCCCACAAGCUAGCUCCUUGUACAGUGUGUGGGCAUAUGUGCCUUUUCUUAGCAGGAAGGGCCCAUUAUUUUUCUUACUGCUGUAGUGUUGAUGUGUCUUUUCUUUUUUUAAAAAAGAUUUAUUCAUUUAUUAUAUAUAAGUACACUGUAGCUGUCUUCAGAUACACCAGAAGAGGGCAUCAGAUCUCUUUACAGAUGGUUGUGAGCCACCAUGUGGUUGCUGGGAAUUGAACUCAGGACCUCUGGAAGAGUAGUCGGGUGCUCUUAACCGCUGAGCCAUAUCUCCAGUCCUGAUGUGUCUUUUCUUAAGUUCAAAUUUAUUAUUGGUUUUUACUUAUUCACUUUACAUCCUGCUCAUUGCCCACUCCAUAUCACCCCCUUCCGCAUCCUAUCCCCUCUCCCCUUCUCCUCUGAGCAGCUAGAACAUAUCCCACAGACAGGCAACAGCUUUUGGGAUAGCCUCUGCUCCAGUUGUUCAGGACCCAUCUGAAGACCAAGCUGCACAUCUGCUACAUGUGUGCCCAUGUAUGUUCUUUGAUUAGUGAACGUUCUUUGGUUGGUGCUUCAGACUCUGAGAGCCCCAAGGGUCUGGGUUAGUUGACUCUGUUGGUCUUCCUGUGGAGUUUCUAUCUCCCUAGGGGGUCACAAUCCUUCCUCCUAGUCUUCCAAAAGAGUUCCCAAGCUCCAUCCACUGUCUGGCUGUGGGCCUCUGAAUCUGAGUCAGCUGCUGGUGGAGCCUCUCAGAGGACAGCCAUGCUAGGCUCCCAUCUUCAAGCAUAACAGAAUAUCAUUAAUAGUGCCAGAGACCCACUGGAUGGGUCUCAAGUUGCGCUGGGGGACUGAUGUGUUUUAAUGGUCACUCACCCUAGAUCUUUAGCUUGCUUGUCAGGCAGAUAAAGCAGGAAGUGAGUAACUGAGGUGGUUUUUUUUUUUUUUUUCCUUUUUUAAAAACUAAAAACACUCCAUAUUAAGCCAACAUGGUUUGUUGCUGGCAUUAUUUUUCUCCCUGCCAGACAGAGGGUUCCGAGUUAGCUGAUGAGACAAGUGUGAGAAGGUACUUCCGGUAUGUAAGGUGUUGCUUCCGCCCAAAGACGUGCAGCUCUUCUUGAGUUUCACAGAUGGCACCAAAGACACAGAUUUUCUUCCAAAUUCCCUUUCCCUCAUGAAUUCCUUUCUGGUCUCUAGAAUCUUCCAUUGGUCUUUAAAAAUGUUUAUUAAAAAAUUAAUACGGUAAGGCAGCGGUGGCGCACGCCUUUAAUCCCAGCACUUGAGUGGCAGAGGCAGGUGGAUCUCUGACUUGGAGGCCAGCCUGGUUCACAGAGCAAAUUCCAGGUCAGCCAAGGUUACACAGUGAGACCCUGUCUUGAAAAACAAACAGAAAAAACAAAAUUAAUGUUCUCUGUGUGGGUUAUGUAUACACGAGUGCAGUCAGCCAUGGAGGCCAGAAGAGGGCGCUGGAUCCCUUGGAGCUGGAGUUACAUGUGGCAAAAGAUGGCUGGAGCUGGGAGUAGGAGGUAAUUGGCUUCCCUAGAGCAUGGCCAACACUACCAUCAGAAGGCAUUCUUCCUCUGCCCGGGCAGGGGGAGGCCAUGUUUAAUGCGCUCAGCCCUCGAUUGAGACUAGGAUACUCCUAGGGAGAUCCUGUACUCAGCUUGAGACAGAUGCCCAGCACAGUGAUGUUCUAGAAUCUAAAGGUUGCUUGGCCAGUAGGACGUCCUCUCAUCAAAACAGAAGGGCCAGCCUCUCUUCUGAUGGAACCGGUCUGAGGGUCACUGAUGCCCCAGGCCUCCCCAGGGUGAUGACUCCCUCUGACACUGCUUCGGGGCUGGGUCAGAAGACCUCCUCCACUUCAUCCUCCUCCUCUUCAUCCUCCUCCUCCUCUCCCUCCUCCUCGUCCUCUGCCCAGGCUAAUCGGUCCUUGAAAGUCUCACUGCCUGAAAUCCAGAAGGAAAAAUAUCCCGAGGAAUUCAGCCUGCUCAAGUCACAGACAACAGAUGGGCAGCGUCCUGAGUGGACAUUUUAUCCAAGGUUCAGCAGCAACAUCCACACCUACCAUGUUGGAAAGCAGUGUUUCUUCAAUGGGGUCUUCCGGGGCAACAGGAAGUCUGUGGCAGAGAGGACAGUGGACAAGAGCCUUGGGAAGAAGAAAUACGAUAUUGAUCCCAGAAAUGGAAUCCCCAAAUUGACACCAGGAGAUAAUCCAUACAUGUUCCCAGAACAGAGUAAAGAGUUCUUCAAAGCUGGGGCAACUCUGCCGCCAGUGAACUUCUCACUGGGACCUUAUGAGAAAAAAUUCGACACCUUUAUCCCACUUGAGCCACUUCCACAAAUUCCCAAUCUGCCUUUCUGGGAGAAGGAAAAAGCCAAUAAUUUGAAGAACGAGAUAAAAGAAGUUGAGGAUCUUGACAACUGGCAGGCGCCGAUGCCCUUCCUCCACGGUUUUCUCUCCACUGGGACUGGGGAGAUGGCUCCACGGUUAAAGGUGCUUGCUGCUCUUCCAGAAGGAACAAGUUCAGUUCUCAGCACCCAAGGGAAGCUCACAACCCCCUGUAGCUCCAGCAUCAUGGGGUCUCAAACCCUUUUCCUGCCUCAUCGGACAUCCUCACACGUGUUGCGUACACAUGCACGCACAUUACAUAUAAAUAAAAAACAUUAAAAACC